AUGGAAGAAGCACCAUCAAAGUAUGCCAUUCAUGAGGCAGCCAGAGAAGGAAGAACAAUUGUCGUUGAAUCGUUAUUGAAUGCAAAUCCCAAGCUUGCAGAUCUAAAAGAUGAGGAUGAGCGUUUGCCGAUUCAUUGGGCGAUCUCAAACGGCCAUCUAGAUAUUGCAGUUCUUCUAUCUGCGGGGAAGAAUUUCGAUCCUGAUGUCCAGGACGGUUCAGGAUGGACCCCUUUGAUGAUCGCAGUAAGUCUGAAGGAAGGCGAUGCUCUGGUUGACCUCCUCCUGCGCAAAGGAGCAGACAUCAAUGCCACAAAUUUCACUGGCCAGUCAGCACUCCACUUCAUAGCUUCAAAAAACAACCUCGAUCUCGCCCGGAAACUUCUAGACGCCAAGCCACCAGCAUCCGUCCGAGUCCGGGACAAACGAGGUCAGUAUCCCAUCCAUCGUGCGGCGGCAGUAGGAUCCGUGCCUAUGGUUGAGCUGUUCGUGAAAAAUAAAAGCCCGUUGAAUGCAACGGAUGUUGCUGGACAGACCCCAUUGCACCAUGCUAUUGCUGAAGGCCAUGGUGAUGCUGCUGUGGCGCUACUUAAAGCUGGCGCGGAGACCGACAAGAAAGAUGUAGAUGGAUUUGUGGCUAUGGAUCUUGCGCCAGAUUCUAAUGUGAAGAAAUUCAUAUUGCAAGCUGCGGAGCGUGAGGGUAUAGUUUUAUAG